AUGGUGAGUAAAAAUAACGAUGAUUAUAUGUUAAACGAUGUGAUAACUGAUAUUUUGUUGAGGCUGCCGGUGAAAUCACUUGUCGGAUUGAAGUGUGUUUGCAAAUAUUGGUCCACUCUGAUUAGAAACUCUAGUUUCAUUUCCAAGCACUUCCACCACCAUAGCAACAUUGGUCAUCUCGGUGUUCAACAUUAUGAUUAUAGCACCGAAAAAUAUAAUUUUGCCUUGUUCCGAAAUGAAACGGUUACUAACUCCUCGGUUGAAUAUCACAAUCUUGGUGAUUUUCAAAUGCCCACUCAACCAGGUAUUCUUGGAACAUUCCAUGGCAUAAUCAGUCUUUAUGAUAGGAAUCGCAUAGCUUCGUGGAACCCUGCUAUUAGAGAAUUUAAGGUCCUCCGUAUACCAGAACCUGAAGUUCCAGAUUUUUCUUACAUCUUCUCACAUUUUUCAGGAUUUGGAUUGGAUCCCAAAACCAACAACAACAAGGUUGUACGAAUUUGGGAAUACGGGGAGCAAAACGAUGGCGUGGAGUUUGAUAGGGUUGCUGCAGUAUACAACCUAUAUGCUGAUUCUUGGAGACUUUUCGAAGUUAAUCUGCCCCCUAUUAAUGAAGUGCAUGAUUCUUUGUCUAACACAUAUAUGAAUGGAUUUUAUUAUUCGAUGACCUAUUACCAUGACAUAUUGAUCCUUGCCUUCGACAUGGAUAAAGAGAUUUUGGGACAUAUACCAGGACCUCCACUUCCCAAAUAUAAUUAA